AGUAAUGCCUCUGGACUUGUUAAAUUAUAUAACUCGGAAAGGAAAGACAACGAAAAUUACUACAACAAAUUGAAAAAAGUUGCUGAAUAAAUGGAUGAUAAUUAAUCAGUGUCUUAAAGCAGAGUUCUGCUCGGAAAACUUUCUAAAGUGAAUUUCAAUGUAACACUACCUUGAACUACCAUUUCGUCACGUCACAAAUCACAUUACAGAUACCACAUCGCUAACUAUUUAAAAACGAAGCAUCAUCAUCAUCGAAACCUUCCUUCACUUACAAGACUACCGACAUACUAAUCCAAAUUGUUCCUUAUUCAUCAUCAUCAUUAAAUUCAUAAAUCGCAAUGAAUACCUCGCUGUCCUCACUGUUGCACCUCCAGGGUCUACCUCCCCUCCCACGAAGUUUGUCCGGAUAUGGCAAUCCUCCGUCCCAAAGUCAUAAAUCAGUUCCUCCGUGUCAUGGAUCUCCACAGAAUUUUUCACAGUCGCAAAAUUUCAAGUCGUCAAUUGGAAUGGGGCAAAGUCAACGAGGGCCAGUCCCGCCGCCACGUCCCCACAGUCGACGCUCUUCAUCGAGUGGAUCUUCAUUCCGGGCUUCACCAGAGCAUAAUGUUACCUCAAAUAGAGGAAUCAUCGGUGCUCCUCCCGAAGUGAUGCGAAGUUCGCCACGAAGUUUAUCUUCCAGUCCACACAGUCCGCAUAUCGACUCUGGCCUUGGUCGUAGUUCAGCCGACAGCUUUAGCGAGCCUCCUCCUCGUGCUUUUGUUAGAGUAGUCAAGUCUCCGACGAGUGGAAACAAAUUGGAUGCUCAACUAUCUCAACUACGUAGAGACAUGCAACACUUACGACACCAAGAUAUGAGCUUGCUCGGACAUUUGCUACAAAUAAACCAAGGAAUUCAAGAUCUCAAGAACGUGCUAGUUCCACCUCCUCAACCUGCUCCUUCCAUGCCAAUGUUUCAUUCAACACCGGUUGGAUACAGUAGUGCAAUGUAUGGGAAUCUUAACCCUCUCCCACCACGCAAUCCCAACAGGAAACUACACCAUCCAUCUCCCGUGUCGAGAGGAGCAAAGUUAUUUGCUCGCCGGUCAUCUUCUGAUAAAAUGAUGUCAGAUGGAGAGUUGGCCUCUUUAGGGGCUGUGGGUGGACUUCGGGAAAAGGAUGAAGACAGCGAUUCCCUCUCAUCUCUUGAAUUUGGAGAUGUCUGACUUGGAUAUAGUUUCUAAUUUGCAAUCACAAAAUUCUUCAAUCUCUGUUCAACUUUAGUGACUUUUAUUAUCAGACUAAUUAAUUAAUUGUGCAUUGGGGAUGAUGAAUGAAGGAUCAGUGAAUUUGAAUCAAAUAUCGCAACGCAACUAUUACAUAUUCAGUGUGCUACCUGCUCUUCGGAUCUUCUCCGGUUUGAAAUAUGCAAGCCUACCUCUUUAUUCUUGGUGGUCUUAUUCUUGUACUUUUACUUUCUCGGCCAAAAUCUGAAUCGAAAAAAUGUCAGAAUCCUAGCAAUAACAAAAGACAAAAGUCGAUUGAGUUUUGAGCUCAAUAGUAAAGUCACACGGUGCAAAGGGAGGUAUGUAGAUAGGAUACAUUAAGGAUAAGUAGAGUCUUACAAUUAGUAGGUAGACCUCAAUGUAUGUAUGUAAUGUCUGAUUAAUGUUUGUCACUAAUUCUUGUCCUUUCAGUGUUAGGUUAGUUAGUAAUCGUAAACACAUAGCAAUAAUCGCUAGAAGUUAGAAACUUCAGACUUGAUGAAACUUGGACUAAAUAAAAAAUAUAGAAUUCGGUUAGAAAGUGGUAGAACGAGUGCAAGUAUUGUAUGUAAAGCGUGGUAGGAAGGAAUGCAAAGUAAUGGAAUAGAUUCACUUCUCUAGGAAUGUUAGACUUUGUAUUGAAUGAUGAGAUUUGAGAAUUGUGGCAAUUUUCAUGUGUUUGAUAACUGGAUAACUGGAUUGAAGGCUGAUUGUGCUGUUAAUAACAAUGCUAUAUUUGCUAAACGUAACUUACAGUAAUUACCUAAUAUGUACUAUUACAAAUAAUGCGACAAUACGAGGAAACUAUAGAACUGAGCAAUUCGCCUCGGUGCAUUCCACCACUACCACAUCGACAUUCGUUUUGAAAUUGACAUUCAUUCCACUUUUACCAACCAAUUACACAAAUAUUUAAAACAAAAUGCUUCAAAACAUUCUAACUUUAUCAUACUCAACUCAUUCCAAAACAAUGGACUCAAUUAUAAAACAACGAUUAAUCAAACGAUACAAUUAUAGAAUUAUUCAGCGCAGAUUUUUUUGCUGUUAGAUUUUUUUAAACAAAUAAAUGUCUUACUUUUUGUAAUACUUCAUUUUAUCAAUUAUACAUAAAUUACAUACCAAGUGAUUUCCGAAGACUAAUUAAUCUAUGAAUAUUAGAAUAUUUUAGCAAGUAUGUAGUAGAAAUUAGGAACUAGCUCAUUUUUAGUAACUUGUGUAAACUUUAUGUUCAAUUUGUACUAACAACAGUACGAGUGCCAUUGCCUUAUCAAUAUAACUUUGUACCAAUUGUUCACACAUUCCUGUUCUCAAAUGAGAAAUGAGAGAUAUGAUGUGAUUGUAUUAUUAUGAUUGUUAUUACGAAAUACUUCUUGGCAGCUAUUAUGCAUGAGCAACUAAAUUACUUACUACAACUAUAGCAAAUAGUUUAGGAUUCUGACAGAAUGUAGUGUGUCUCACAAAUUAUGAUUAUUAGUAUUAAACAACUUGCUUACAAGAAUUUAACAAUGAUUACUUUGGUCACACCUACAUUGAUUUUACAAACAAUGUUCUAAAUAACAAAUUCAGUAAUUAAUAUUUGAUCUCAUUAUGAAGUUUAGUUUUCACUCACUUGCAUUUCGACAUGUUUUUGUCAUCUGUGUAUUUAUUUUAGUACUUGACGAAAUUUGAUACGUUUGUUGCCUCGUUUUACAAUUCUCUCUACUUCGUUUCACUUGAAACAAUGGAAUUUGUUUGACGUGCAAAUUGCGUCGUCGUAUUUUGUUUCAGUGAUUGGAGUGGAAAAGUCAAUAACUUUGAUCUGUAAAUCUAUGUAUGUAUGUCCUCAUCUAAUAUAAAAUAUCUAACAUAUUCUAUUCUACAACUACUCUGUAUACAAAAGGUAACAUAAUAAUAAAUCGUGUGUGUAAAGAGGAGUAAGUAAUGAGUGAAAUGUCAAUAAUAACGAAAUGAUGGAACAAUCAGUGUGAAAUAAAUCAACUGAUUUCGGCUUGAAAUUUACU